AUGGAUCACUCCAUACAGCGAUUACUCAACGACAAGCUCUAUGACAAGAGAAAGCAAGGAGCUUUAGAGUUAGAAAAAAUCGUCCGAGAUGCCGUUUUCAAAGGAGAUGCAGAGAGAAUUGGAAAAAUCGUCGAGCAGCUAUGCCAUGACUAUGCCUACGCUGUACACCAGCCGCACGCUCGGAAUGGUGGUCUGAUUGGACUGGCGGCUGCUUCAAUCGCGCUGGGAUCAGAAGGAGUUGCUCAGUAUCUGAGAGAGAUCGUUCCACCGGUUCUAGCAUGCUUCACCGAUCAAGAUGCGCGAGUCCGCUACUAUGCGUGCGAGAGCAUGUACAACAUUGCCAAGGUCGCCAAAGGGGAAGUCCUUCUUUACUUCAAUGAGAUUUUUGAUGCUCUAUCCAAGCUUGCCUCGGAUUCAGAGCUCUCUGUGAAGAAUGGCGCCGAGCUUUUAGAUCGGCUGGUGAAGGACAUCGUGGCCGAAUCGGCCGCCUCAUACGUUUCCGUGCUUCAAUUGUCAGAGAAAGCAGCAGCGGGCUCAGAGGAAGCAAGCGAAGGCGACUUGCCAACCGCCUUUUCGCUCGCGAAAUUCAUUCCACUACUGAAGGAGCGAAUUCAUGUCAUCGGUCCCUACACUCGCAAUUUCUUGGUAUCCUGGUUGACAUUACUCGACACCAUUCCUGAUCUGGAGUUGGUGACCUUCUUGCCUGAGUUUUUAGAGGGUCUGAUCAAGUUUCUCGGGGGACCGCACAAGGACGUCAACGUUGCCACACAAGGUUUGUUGGAAAGAUUUCUCGGUGAGAUCAAAAGAAUCACCCGAGUGAAGAAAGGAAUCGAAAAGAGCCAAAAGAUCCAGAGGAUUCGCAGACGCUCUACCAAUAGCGACACCGUGAGCGCCAAGACGCAGCAGUCGGUUGACAGCGCCGGGGCCGACGACGGAGAGAAAAAUGAUGUUGCCGUAGAUGAUUCUACAGCAUCUGAUUCACUAUACGAAGAGGAAACAAUGCAAGCUGAUGGAGACUGGAUACCUGGACAAGAUGUGGAAAUCGACUACCCGAAGAUUCUGGACAUUCUCGUCAGCUUUGUUGACACCUCUUUUGAGGAGGAAAUGCAGCUGACAGCGCUUCGCUGGAUUGAUGCGUUCUUUGAGAUUAGCCCUGAAGACAUUCUCCCAUUCGUCCCAAGAUUGUUGACACAAGUUCUUCCGGCAAUGUCAAGUGGUUCGGAUUCCGUGCGGCAAGCCGCUAAUCGCGUCAACAAGUCUUUACUGGAAUACAUCUAUUCUUUAUCGGACGACGCCACUGAGGAGCCCCCUCCAACUUCAUCAAAAGUGCCUUCGGCUGCUGCCAGUCGGGAAAGCAUUGACAGAAAAAUGACAGAGAUGUCUUUUUCUGACUCCAGAAAAGCAACCCAAGAGUCCUCCAGGGCCCCGACACCUCGUGACAGUAUCAUUUCAGCACCAUCUCAGCCUGUCGAUCUCGAUUACGCCUCCGCAGUCAACUCCCUUACACUGCAGUUUUUGAACGAGAACGAAGCAACUCGCGUGGCUGCGCUCUCUUGGCUGAUUAUGCUCCACCGCAAGGCUCCACGCAAAGUUGUCGCAUUCAAUGAUGGGACAUUCCCCGCGUUGUUGAAGACGCUCUCUGAUCCAGCAGAGGCCGUGGUGACAAAGGAUCUGCAGUUACUUUCCCAAAUAUCGAGAAAUAGCGAGGACAGCUAUUUCACAUCUUUCAUGGUCAACUUGUUACAAUUGUUCUCAACCGACAGACAUUUGCUGGAAGUUCGCGGCAACCUGAUCAUUCGUCAAUUGUGCCUGAACCUCAGUCCAGAGCGCAUCUACAGGACUCUGGCUGAUUGUCUUGAGAAGGAAGAGGAUCUCGAAUUCGCCAGCAUUAUGGUCCAAAACCUGAACAAUAACCUUAUCACUGCGCCUGAAUUAUCAGAUAUGCGAAAGCGACUGAGAAAUCUUGAUACAAGGGAUGGCCAAAUGUUCUUCGUGGCCUUGUUUCGGUCCUGGUGCCACAAUGCGGUCUCAACAUUUUCUCUGUGUCUUCUUGCGCAGGCGUAUGAGCAAGCUUACAACCUUUUGCAAAUCUUUGCCGAACUCGAAAUGACCGUCAACAUGCUGAUCCAGAUCGACAAGCUGGUGCAGCUUCUUGAGUCGCCUGUAUUCACAUAUCUCCGUCUUCAAUUACUCGAGCCCGAGAAAUAUCCCUACCUAUACAAAUGCCUCUAUGGUGUCCUUAUGCUUCUCCCCCAGAGCUCCGCUUUCGCCGCCCUUAAGAACCGAUUGAACAGCGUCAGCAACAUUGGUUUCCUCCAUGGUGGUCCCCGCAGCGCAUCUCAAACCACACCGUCGUUUGACCGCUCCUCCGGAACCCGCCUUAAGAGUCGGGAUGAUAUUCGAUGGACUGAGCUUCUCGACAAGUUCAAGGCUGUCCAGGAACGAGCACGCCGCGCGCAGGCUGCACAACGGCAGUCGCUUGAUCCGACCGACACCUUGCAGAAUCCUUCAUUGAGCGCUGCCCUGUCUGCAGCAACCGUUGACCGAGCGGGAGAUCGACCCAAUUUGAAUGACUCGUCCCGUGCAGGCUUGCUCGGCUCUAUUGGCACGGGCAUGGGCUCUAUGACUGGGACCUCUGGUACUGUUGGGAGUGUCGCUCGUGGAGCAGGUGAAUCGAAGCCUUCAAGCUCUGCGUCGCUUCUUGGCUCUGCUCACAAGCACAAGUCCAGCUUGCCUAAUUUGGGACGCCUAGGUAUCGGUGGACCCUCACUCUUCGCGCCGAGAAAUCCCUCUCAGCAACUCAGUUCUCGAAGUCUCGCCAUGGAAGGCCGAGGCUCACAAAGAACCUGGGCCCUCAAAAUCAACAGGACGGCGGCUCAACAAGUUCUCGCCAUGGAAGGCCGAGGCUCACAAAGAACCUGGGCCCUAAACAACAACAGGACGGCAGCUCAACAAGUUCUCGCCAUACCAGAGCUCGUCGAAAAUAUCCUGUCCUGGGAUGCAGCCGGCUACAAAGACGAGCCUCGCGAAUAUGACUGGGCAUUUCCUCGAAGCCGCUUCGUACGGUAUGCCCUCGUGAAUAAACUCUGGUUCACAGAAGCCAUGCGAUUCAUAUGGUGGACUGCACUUUCGGCCAGCAGAUUAUCUGCCAUACAAACUCUCCCUCGCCACCGUCUGCGAGUCUAUCUGGAGUACGCCGUGCAAAUGACACUCCAUAACGACCCAAGACCACAGGGUAGUAGUGCGCAGAAUAAGAUCCUGAGGGGACUGGAAUUCCCCAGUCUCAGGAUCGUCACUGUGGAACUUCGCGUGGGACAGCGACUCCUCUCACUACCUGAGAUUCGGGGUCCUAAUGUGCAGGAACUGACACUGGUCAUUGUGCCGGUGCCGAAUAAGGGUGGCCUUGCUCUUGUGGAUGUGAGGACGCAACAGAGACUCGCACGGCGACUGAGGAAAAUGUUCCGUCGAUUGCGAAAGGUCACUAUCAAAUAUCCGUUUCGAGCAUCAUAUGUUCGACGAGAGGACGUCUUCAACUUUUUUCAGUUCCUUGAAGGCGCGGCAGACGUUGAAGUGAUACCAAUCGACCAGUGA